GUAGCCAAAGUCUGUGAACAGGGAAAGAAGAAAACGAAGAAGAAGCAUUAUAGAAAGCUCUCUCUCAAGGCGAAAACCUAGCGUUUCGUUUCGUUCGAAGGCAUUGUGUAAAAAUCAAUCUUCGCUUCUCCGGGCUUAACAGGAUUUUCAAGAAGAAGAAGAAGAGGCUUAACAGGAUUUUCAAGAUUUUCAAGAAGAAGCUAUAGAGAAGGUUUCAACUUUCAGGUUUUUGUUGAAUAAAAGCGGUGGGAUGACCGAUUAUGGCACAACAAUCCUCUCGUCUUCACCGUCUCCUCACUCUCUUGGACACUGGUUCGUCCCAGUCGACGAGGUUCACGGCUGCUCGGCAGAUUGGGGAAAUCGCUAAAUUGCAUCCGCAGGAUUUGACCUCUCUAUUGAAGAAGGUUUUGCAGUAUCUUUGUAGCAAAAACUGGGAUACACGGGUAGCUGCGGCUCGUGCAAUCGGGGCUAUAGCAGAGAAUGUUAAGCACAUGUCUUUGACUGAACUUCUUUCUUCUUUCCAAUCGAAAUUGUCAGAGUUUGGAAUAUCUGAAGAUUUGCUCGCAUUGCCUGAUUUUCAUUCUAAUGUUGCGGGCGUAUCUUUUAGAAGCUUUAAUAUUAACAAAGUGCUGGAGUUUGGUGCUCUGUUGGCAUCUGGAGGACAAGAGUACGAUGUUGCGAAUGAUAACACGAAGAACCCAAGGGAGAGGUUGGCUCGUCAAAAACAAAAUCUUCGACGGCGUUUAGGGUUGGAUGUAUGUGAGCAGUUUAUGGAUGUAAAUGAUAUGAUAAGAGAUGAAGACCUCAUUAUGCAUAACUCCCAUGGGAAUGGGAUAAAUCAAAGAGUUUAUGUACAACAUAAUAUUCAACGGCUAGUUGCAGAUAUGGUUCCGAGUGUAAUGUCAAGAAGGCCGAGUCCUAGAGAAAGGAAUCUUUUAAAACGAAAAGCUAAAAUAAGUUCAAAAGACCAAAUGAAAGGUUGGUGUGAGGAUGGGGAUUCAAGAGUACCAGGUGUACAAAAUUUGGCACUGCUAAAGGGUUCGUCUGCCGAGCCAUUAGGGUCUAAUAAGGCAUCUGUGGAUGUUAAUGAUGAUGAAGACAACUUUGAACAUGACAGAGAUGGGUGGUGGCCUUUCCAUAGUUUUGUUGAGCAACUACUUAUUGAUAUGUUUGAUCCUGUUUGGGAGGUGCGACAUGGUAGUGUGAUGGCACUAAGAGAAAUUUUAACAUAUCAAGGUGCUUCUGCUGGGGUAUUUAUGCCUGACAUGAGUUUGGAUGGCUCACCAUUUGUCCAAUUAGAAGAUGAAUUAACAUCACAUACAAUGAAGAGAGAGAGAGAAAUAGAUUUGAAUGUUCAAGGUUCAAUCGAUGAGACUGAACCAAACCUGAAAAGGCCAAAGUUUGAGGACGUGUCAUCUCCAUUGAUGUAUACAACGAUCUUUCCUAGUAAGGAUUCUAAAUCUGACACUAGCAUAAAGGUUGAAGAUGUUAGGUGGGAUUUGGUUUCUGAGCCAAUCAGUGAGUGUUCAAACGUUGGUUCCAUUAAGGCGGAGCCAGAUUCUUACAUUGAUACUACAUUGUAUCCAAGUACAGAAGUAGCUGAAACAACUACCCUCAAGGAUUCCUCCAGCAUGAAGGAAACAGAUGUGAUGAAAAGUCUUUCUGAAAAUGGUGAAAUGAUGAACUGGAUUAAAUUGGCCAGGCAUUCUUGGCUUAAGAAUUGCCAAUUUCUUCAAGAUUGUGCAAUUCGUUUCCUGUGUGUUUUGUCACUAGACCGUUUUGGAGAUUAUGUAUCUGAUCAGGUUGUUGCCCCUGUACGGGAAACCUGUGCACAGGCAUUAAGUGUUGUGUUCAAGUACAUGCACUCCACCUUAGUUCAUGAAACAUUGAAUAUCUUGCUGGAGAUGCAGUUUAGACCAGAAUGGGAAAUUCGCCAUGGAAGCCUGUUAGGUAUCAAGUAUUUGGUAGCUGUGCGGCAGGAGAUGCUUCAUGAGUUGCUUGGACGUGUUCUCCCUGCAUGUAAAGCUGGGCUUGAGGACCCUGAUGAUGAUGUUCGAGCAGUAGCUGCUGAUGCUUUGAUACCAACAGCAGCUGCUAUUGUUCGUAUUCGCGGUCAAAUGUUAAAUUCCAUAGUGAUGUUACUUUGGGACAUACUACUUGAUUUGGACGAUUUAAGUCCAUCCACCAGCAGUGUGAUGAAUUUGUUGGCAGAAAUCUAUUCCCAGGAGGAAAUGAUUCCUAAGAUGUUGGGGACAUCGAAAGAUAGCCAAGAGUUUGACUUAAAUGAGCUUGGUCGUAUUGAUGAUACUGGAGUAGUGAAUUCACAGGAAAAUCCUUUCAUGUUAUCAACAUUGGCACCACGUCUAUGGCCAUUUAUGAGGCAUAGCAUCACAUCAGUCCGUUAUUCAGCUAUUCGCACUUUGGAGCGGCUGCUUGAAGCUGGAUACAAAAGAAAUGUUUCUGAGCCUUCUGGUUCUUCGUUUUGGCCUUCAUUUAUAUUGGGUGAUACACUUAGAAUUGUCUUUCAGAAUUUGCUGCUGGAUUCAAAUGAGGAAAUUUUGCAAUGUUCCGAGAGGGUUUGGAGUCUUCUCGUUCAGUCCCCAAAGGAGGACCUGGUAAAUGUUGCGAGGUCGUAUAUGUCGUCUUGGAUAGAGCUUGCAAGUACUCCAUAUGGCUCUGUUUUAGAUCCUACAAAAAUGUUUUUGCCUGUUGCUAUUCCCCGAAAGAGUCAUUUUAGAGCAGCGGCAAAGAGAAGAGCUGCUAAUCUCGAAAAUGAGUCGUAUAGGAACAUGGGAUUGGAAGUGACAAAUGGUGCUAUUCCACUAGAGAAAGUUGUAGAUGCUUCCAGCAAUCCAGUUAAGAUAAUUGUUGGUGCUGAUUCAGAAAUGUCAGUCACGCGUACUCGGGUGCUCACAGCAACGGCAUUAGGAAUUUUUGCAUGUAAGUUGGAAGAAGGGUCUAUGCAACAUGUAGUUGAUCCACUAACAAAUGCACUUACCUCUUUAUCUGGUGUCCAGCGGCAGGUGGCAUCUAUGAUUCUUAUCUCUUGGUUCAAAGAGAUAAAAAGCAGGGCUGGUUGUGAAAAUCAGGGAACUUUGCCUGGUUUUCCCAAUCAUCUAAAAAAUUGGCUGUUGGACUUAUUAGCAUGUGCUGACCCUACAUUCCCUACAAAAGAUUCACCUCUUCCGUAUUCCGAGCUUUCAAGAACAUAUUCUAAGAUGCGUGGUGAGGCUAGUCAGUUAUCACAUGCUAUUCAUUCAUCGGGUAUGUUUGAUAACUUCCUGGCAACUACUAAAUUUGACUUGGAAAGCUUGAGUCCGGAUGAUGCAAUAAAUCUUGCAUCAAAAGUUCCUGCCUUAUGCAAUGACAAUACUGGAGAUGAUUCUCUUGGAAAUCUUGAUGACAUUGAAUCAGUAAAACAACGACUUCUGACGACUUCAGGAUAUUUAAAAUGUGUUCAGAGUAAUCUGCAUAUUUCAGUGUCUGCCCUAGUUGCUGCGGCGGUUGUUUGGGUGUCAGCACUUCCUGCACGACUUAAUCCAGUUAUUUUGCCUCUUAUGGCUUCAAUAAGAAGAGAGCAGGAGGAGAAACUACAAGAGAAGGCUGCUGAAGCACUUGCAGAGCUUAUUUCUUAUUGUAUUUCCCGCAAGCCGAGUCCGAAUGAUAAGUUAAUUAAGAAUGUUUGUAGUUUAACUUGCAUGGAUCCUUGCGAGACACCACAAGCUGCAAUUAUCGGUUCCAUGGGGGUUAUUGAUGAUCAAGAUCUCUACUCCUUUGGCACUUCCGCUAGUAAGCAGAAAUCAAAAGUUCAGGUGCUGGCUGGUGGUACUGAAGACCGAUCCAAGGUUGAAGGGUUCAUUAGUAGACGAGGGUCUGAGCUUGCAUUGAGGCAUCUGUGUGAGAAGUUUGGUGCUUCAUUAUUUGAUAAGGUUCCUAAACUAUGGGAUUGCCUCACAGAAGUUCUUAAGCCUAUCAGUACUGAGUCUUUGAUUCCAGAUGAGAAGCAAAUUACACAAACUAUUGACUCUGUUCUGGAUCCGCAAAUAUUAAUAAAUAAUAUCCAGGUGGUACGUUCCAUUGCUCCUAUGCUAAAUGAGGCACUUAAGCCUAAACUUCUCACUCUUCUCCCAUGCCUUUUCUAUUGCAUUCGCCAUUCCCACAUAGCUGUUAGACUAGCUUCUUCUCGGUGCAUCACUUCGAUGGCCCAGUCAAUGGCAGUACAUGCAAUGGGAGCUAUAAUUGAAAAUGCUAUUCAGAUGUUAGGAGAUAAUUCAUCCGUUAGUGCAAGACAAGGUGCUGGCAUGCUGAUUAGUUUGCUUGUUCAGGGCUUGGGUGGAGAGCUGGUUCCGUAUGCUCCUUUGCUAGUUGUUCCUCUUCUAAGGUGUAUGAGUGAUUGUGAUCAAUCUGUAAGAAAAAGUGUAACACAUAGUUUUGCUGCCCUUGUACCUCUUCUUCCACUGGCACGAGGCCUUCCCCCACCUGUUGGACUUAGUGAAGGUUUCUCUAGGAGUGCAGAGGAUGCGCAGUUUCUUGAGCAACUACUUGACAACUCCAAUAUUGACGAUUACAAACUCUGCACUGAGUUGAAGGUGACAUUGAGGAGGUACCAACAAGAAGGUAUAAAUUGGUUGGCUUUCUUGAAACGAUUCAAGCUUCAUGGAAUAUUAUGUGAUGACAUGGGGCUUGGUAAAACACUUCAAGCAUCAGCUAUUGUGGCUUCUGAUGUAGUAGAGCAUUGUACUUCAAAUAGCAGUGAAGGUCUUUCAUCAUCUUUAAUUAUUUGCCCAUCAACCCUUGUUGGACACUGGGCAUUUGAGAUAGAGAAGUAUAUCGAUGUUUCAAUAAUAUCUUCUCUGCAAUAUGUUGGUUCUGCUCAAGACCGCAUUUCUCUUAGAGAACAUUUUGAUAAGCAUAAUGUAAUCAUAACCUCAUAUGAUGUUGUUCGUAAAGACAUUGAUUAUCUCGGAAAGAUUCUCUGGAAUUAUUGUAUCUUAGACGAAGGGCAUAUCAUCAAGAACGCAAAAUCUAAAAUCACACACGCAGUGAAGCAAUUGAAAGCUCAGCACCGCUUGAUACUGAGUGGAACGCCCAUCCAGAAUAACGUUAUGGAUUUGUGGUCCCUUUUUGAUUUUCUAAUGCCGGGGUUUCUUGGAACUGAGAGACAGUUCCAAGCCACUUAUGGAAAACCAUUGCUAGCAUCCAGAGAUCCUAAAUGUUCCGCAAAGGAUGCUGAAGCAGGGGCACUUGCUAUGGAAGCACUGCACAAGCAGGUCAUGCCUUUCCUUCUUCGUAGAACGAAGGAUGAAGUCUUGUCUGAUCUGCCAGAGAAAAUCAUUCAGGAUAGAUAUUGCGACCUGAGCCCUGUACAAUUAAAACUGUACGAUCAAUUUUCUGGUUCACAUGUGAGACAAGAAAUUUCUAGUAUGGUAAAAGGGUCAGGAGACACGGGACAAGGAAGCAGUGUUUCAACUAAAGCAUCUUCACAUGUUUUCCAGGCACUUCAGUAUUUGCUAAAACUUUGUAGUCACCCGUUGCUUGUCCUUGGAGAAAAGAUUCCAGAUUCAAUUUCAUGCCUUUUCUCCGACCAACCUCCUAGUUCUGAUAUAAUCUCAGAGUUGCAUAAAACUUGCCACUCUCCCAAACUCGUCGCACUUCAGGAGAUUCUGGAAGAGUGUGGAAUAGGUGUUGAUGCAUCUAGUCCUGAAGCUGCUGCGAGUUUUGGGCAGCAUAGAGUGUUGAUAUUUGCUCAGCAUAAAGCCUUUCUGGACAUCAUUGAAAGAGACUUGUUUCAGACCCAUAUGAAAAGCAGCGUAACAUAUCUGCGAUUGGAUGGAUCAGUUGCAACAGAAAAACGUUUUGAAAUUGUUAAAGCUUUCAAUUCAGACCCUACUAUAGAUGCCUUGUUGCUCACGACACAUGUUGGUGGCCUUGGGUUGAACCUGACAUCUGCUGACACGCUCAUUUUUAUGGAGCAUGACUGGAACCCAAUGCGAGAUCAUCAGGCAAUGGAUAGAGCACACAGGUUGGGUCAGAAAAAAGUUGUCAACGUCCAUCGCCUAAUAAUGCGCGGCACUCUGGAAGAGAAAGUUAUGAGCUUGCAGAGGUUUAAACUCUCAGUAGCUAAUGCAGUCAUUAAUGCAGAAAAUGCUAGUAUGAAAACAAUGAAUACAGACCAGUUGCUUGAUCUCUUUGCAUCAGCAGAGACAUCUAGAAAGGGAACUUCUGUAUCGAAGCAAUCAGAUAUCAGAUUCGAUGGAGAUGUGAAAUUACCGGGCAACAAGAAGGGGUUAAAAGCCAUUCUUGGUGGGCUGGAGGAGCUCUGGGAUCAGACGCAGUACACCGAAGAAUACAACUUAAACCAAUUCUUGUCAAAGCUAAGUGGCUGAAGCGUGAAUUCCACUUUGUACAGAGUGUAUAUUUCGGAGCAAGUCGGGCCGCAAAUUUUGACAUUCAACCAGCCCAUCUCUUCCCAAAAUUAUUUAUUUUUAAUUUAUUUAUUUUUGUCCUCCUACAUGCUUUAAUUUUUGCAGGGGGGUUAGGGAAGAAGAAUGGUUUAGUGGUUGUGGCAGGAGUGAUCAUGGUGCGAGGGAUAAAUUAGUAAUUGUAGACCACACAAGGUUUUGGGGAAGGGAUGAGAAUUGUAAAUUUUCGGAUAUUGUAAAUACAAGCUUCUCUUUUUUCGUAUAAA